AUGACCUGCGAGAGGUGCGCGCAGUUCCAACAGGGCUGCUAUUUCGACAAAGUGUCUGUCCUGGGCAAGACAAAGAAGAUGCGCAGCGGGGGAUCAACCACCAAAAAGCGCAUUCGGCCAACUUCUCCUGGGCCUUCAGUCGCGGACUUGAGUGGUUCGAAGAAGCGCCGAGUUGACGAGCCUCCGCGCCCCCUUCUACGACUGCCUCUCGAUGGGGCCAGCCGCCUUGGGCUCGAACAGGACGACCUUGAUGCACUCGACCUCGAUGAUGAGUCUCAGGGCAUCAUUCGCGUCAUCCGCGAGGAGCGCGCUUUCAUCGCGCGCCGUCGAGCGCUCCUACACGACAUGGACCCCGACCUUCAAAAGAUGGAGAAGGCAGCGCUCGCUAAAGGAGGAAUCGGGUUUGUGCGCGGGGCUGUCGAAGAGGACUAG